CCCAAAGCCACCAACUCGUCAGUGAGUGCAAACGAAGCCGUAGCCAACCGACUUAUUCACUGCUACGUACUAUGGACGGCCGCCGACCCACUUAUCGCUUCCAUCCAGGCCGCUGGCGAACUGCCGCCCUCUCAGUUUCAUUAUUGCUCCUGAUCCUCGCCACUACAGCCACCGCCUCCUCCGGCGACCGGGAUUCAAUCUACACCAACUGCGUUCAAAAAUGCCGCUUCACAUCCUGCCGCAACCAACCCGCAGCCGACGAAUCCCUCCCACUCUCCCUCCGCCUCCUCCAAUGGACUUGUCCGCAAAACUGCCAAUACGAAUGCAUGCACGAUCUCACUUCCCUCAACGUGCAAACCGGCGAGCGCGUGCAGCAAUUCCACGGCAAAUGGCCGUUCAUUAGACUGUGGGGGGUACAGGAACCAGCUAGCGUGCUGUUCUCGGUAUUGAAUGGGUGGAUGCACUUCCGGGGAUACCGGAAACUGAGGACGCUGUCUCCAAGAUGGUACCCCAUGCGCCGGGUCCUGCUCCUGAACGCAUUACUGGGCGUGAACGCAUGGAUCUGGUCGACGGUCUUCCACGCCCGGGAUUUCCCCAUCACCGAGAAACUCGAUUACUUCUCCGCGAUUGGGUCGCUGCUGAUGGGCAGCUACCUCGCCCUCACUCGCGCGUUCGAGCUGUACCGCGACCCCGCGACAUCCACACCCACCCGCCGGGGGCUAGCCUACGCGAUGCUAGCAUUCUACGCUGCGCACGUCUCCUACCUAACAUUCUGGCCGUUCGACUACGGGUACAACAUGAAAGCCGGCAUCGUCGUCGGCGCGGUGGCGAAUCUCGCAUGGGUGAGCUGGGCGGUGCGCAACUGGAGAACGCGGCCGUACGCGUGGAAGAUUGUGGUGAUGGUGGUGGCAAUCACGGCGGCGAUGGCGUUGGAGGUUCUGGAUUUCCCGCCGUGGAUGUGGGUGCUGGAUGCGCAUGCGCUGUGGCAUGCCGCGACGAUACCGCUGGUGAGGUUUUAUUAUGAGUUUUUGGUGGAUGAUGUGAGGUGGGAGGUCAGGAUUGGGAAGGGGAAGGGGAAGGUUGCUGUGCAGUAAUGACGGGAAGAUGCAGUUGACGUGAUGAGGGCAUGUUGUAUAACAUGUACAUAAUCCGCACAGACA